CAGUAUUAUUUUUUGCAUAUUUUUAUUUAUAGUUUGAUAUUUUGAAAGCAAAUUGUUAAAGAAAAGCCAUCAUGGUUAUGCCAUCUAUUUGCAAGUAUCAUCAAUGCUUUUUAUUUAUUACCUUUAUGAUAUCGAACCCUAUUUAUUGUUUUGAUAUUGAAAAAAAGUCUUUAAAUGUUUUGGUUGGUGGAUUUUUUCCAGUAUGCUCAGAAAAAAAUUGUUCAAAACUUUGUGGAAAAAUAAAUAUUGAGCGGGGGGUUCAUAGAGUAGUUGCAAUGUUGUUUGCUAUUGAUGAAAUCAAUGCAAAUGAUUCAUUAUUUCCUAACUUUAAAAUUCAGCCUCAAAUAUAUGAUACAUGCAAUCAAGAUUCUAAAGCUUUAGAUGGAGCAUUGGAUAUUGUUAAAAUUAAAAAUAAGCAAAAUAUUUGUGGCAGUAGUGAACCUGUUGGAGGUGUUAUAGGUCCUUCUAGUAGCAGUGCCUCAAUAGAAGUAGCUAAAUUACUGCGUUUGUUUCAAAUACCACAGAUUAGUUAUGCUGCUUCAAGUCCUUUACUUAGUGAUCGGACAAAAUUUAACUAUUUUUUGCGCACAGUGCCUUCAGACUCAGAGGCGAUAAAAGUUAUAAUUGCUGUUGCUAAAUAUUUUCAAUGGAGUUCUGUUUCUGUUUUAUAUUCUGAAGGUCCUUAUGGAGAAAGUUUGUUUGAAACCUUCCAGGAAUUACCUGAGAAUAAAAGCCUAUGUAUAGUAAAGCAAAUGAAAGUGAAUAACAACAGCAACUUUACUUCAAUAAUUGAAAAGUUGAGGCAACCAAAAAAUACAAAUGCUGUACUUUUGUUGUGCACUGAUAAUCACAUUCUCAAUAUAAUAAGAAAUGCUUCUUAUUUAAAUGCAAGUUUUUUAUGGCUUUCUCUUGAUUUUUGGCUCACAAACAAAAGUUUUCUUCAGACAUCAAAAAUCCAUAAUGCAACAAAGUCUGUUAUUAUUGUACGCCAAAGUGUUGGAGAACAAAAGAAAUUCGAAGAAUAUUUUUACAGUUCAAGUUUUCUUAAUAACAAACAGAACAAUUGGUUAAAAGAAAUUUGGGAGGAAAGUUUUGAUUGCAAUAUUACACUAAAUACAUGUGAUUUAAGUAAUAUUAUAUUUGACAGUAAGGUAUCAUAUGUUAUAGACGCUGUUUAUGCAUUGGCAUAUGCUUUUAAUAAAGCAUUAAAUAAUUCUAAUAAUGAUUUGAAUAGUGAUGUACUUAGUAAUGGAUCUUUAAUCUUAAACAAGUUAACAAAUAACUUUUAUAAUGGAUCUUUUGGUUAUACUCAGUUUAAUGAGUUUGGUUAUACCUUUAAUGGUUAUGAAAUUAUGCAGAUUCAAAAUGAUCAAUAUGUUAAAAUUGGUACAUUUCAUGAUAGAUUAAUCAUUAAUGGUUCUCAAAUUGUUCUACCAUUUAAGCCUGAACAAUUUAAUUGUUCAGAACCUUGCGCCUAUAAUGCAAGAAAAGUGGUUGGAACACCGUCAUGUUGUUUUACUUGUGAAACAUGUCCACCAAAUAAAAUAGGAAAAAAUGAGGUUUGUGAAGAAUGUCCAACUAAUCAAACACUCUCGGAUCAGGCUCAAAGUUGCAUUCCAAUAUCUAUCAAAUUUAUUUCAAGAACUUUAGUCAUCAUAAUAUCUGUUUUAGCAAGUAUUGGGGUUGUUGCAACUGUAUUUGUAUCUCUAAUUUUUGUUUACUAUCGUAGAACAGAUAUUGUUAUAUCUUCCGUUCCUGAAUUGUCAUUUUCAUUGUUGUUUGGUAUACUUUUGUGUUAUGUUUUGACAUAUUUUAUGAUAGCAGAUCAAACAAAGUUUUUUUGUUAUAUUCAAAAGUAUGGUAUUAGUCUUAGUUUUUGUAUAUGUUAUGGAUCAUUACUUUUAAAAGCUUUUUGGUUUGCCAGUUCACUGUAUAAUAACAAAAAAUCUAAAAAAGAAACUCUUAAUCCUAUUGCAUCAUCUCAAUUUUUCUAUCUUUCAUCUGUCAUUUUAUUUCAGUUGGUAAUUUCUUUUGUACAAUUCUAUCAGACUGGAAAAGAUAAACCACUAGAAUCCGUUUCUUAUAAUGGUGGUAUGAUAACUAUAUGCAGUUUUUCAGACUCUGACUUUCUUGCAAGCUUUAUGUACAAUUUUAUUUUAAUUUUUGUUUGUACUAUAUAUGCAUUUCGAACAAGAAAAGUUCCCCUAAGUUUUAAUGAAGCAAAGUAUAUUGGCUUCCUUAUGUAUGCUUCAAUUAUAUUAUGGGUUUGUUUUAUUCCUGCAUACAUAACAAGAGAUGAUAAGGUUGUACAAAUGAUUACAUUAAGUAUGAAUAUUCCAUUGCAUGCUACAAGUAUUCUUGCAACAAUAUUUGGUCCAAAAGUUUACUUCAUACUCACAAGAAGAAAUCAAAGAGAACGUUCUUUCUCUAGCUAUUCAUAUGCUGAUAAUGGAAACUCUUCUCAACAAGGUUCUUCAUCUACUUCUGAUCAGAUAUCACGUGUAACAUUAACAACACAGUUAUCGUCAGAUGUACGUUAGAAUUAUUGCCUUAAGAAUUAUAUAUGAUAUUUUUAAUAUAUUUUGUAAAAUUAUUUUUCAUUUAAGUUUUAAAAUUUUUUUAUUUAAUUAUAAAAAAAUCUUGUAAAUAAAU